CAUCGGCAAAUUGAUUUUCAUACUACUUUCUUGAACCAUUUGGCACGAUUGGUGCCAGAAAUUUAUUUUGCUGAAAUGGAACCAGACUUGGAAAAGCAGGAGGAGAAUAUACAAAUGUCAGUAGUCACUCCACUGGAAUGGUACUUAUUUGGAGAAGAUCCAGAUAUUUGCUUAGAGAAAUUGAAGCACAGUGGAGCAUUUCAACUCUGUGGGAAGGUUUUCAAAAGUGGAGAGACAACAUACUCUUGUAGGGACUGUGCAAUUGAUCCAACAUGUGUACUCUGUAUGGACUGCUUCCAGAAUAGUGUUCAUAAAAAUCAUCGUUACAAGAUGCAUACUUCUACUGGAGGAGGAUUUUGUGACUGUGGAGACACAGAAGCAUGGAAAACUGGCCCUUUUUGUAUAAGUCAUGAACCUGGAAGAGCAGGUACCACAAAAGAGAACUUACGCUGUCCGUUGAAUGAAGAGGUAAUUGCCCAAGCCAGGAAAAUAUUCCCUUCAGUGAUAAAAUACAUUGUAGAAAUGACAGUAUGGGAAGAGGAAAAAGAACUGCCUCCUCAACUCCAGAUAAGAGAGAAAAAUGAUAGCUACUACUGUGUCCUUUUCAAUGAUGAACACCAUUCAUAUGACCAUGUCAUAUACAGUCUACAAAGAGCUCUUGACUGUGAGCUCGCAGAGGCACAGUUGCACACCACUGCCAUAGACAAAGAGGGCCGUCGGGCUGUUAAAGCAGGUGCUUUUGCUGCUUGCCAGGAAGCAAAGGAAGAUAUAAAGAGUCAUUCAGAAAAUGUCUCUCAACAUCCACUUCAUGUGGAAGUAUUACACUCUGAGGUUAUGGCUCAUCAGAAAUUUGCUUUGCGUCUGGGGUCCUGGAUGAAUAAAAUUAUGAGCUAUUCAAGUGACUUCAGACAGAUCUUUUGCCAAGCAUGCCUUAGAGAAGAACCUGGCUCUGAGAAUCCCUGUCUCAUAAGCAGGUUAAUGCUUUGGGAUGCAAAGCUUUAUAAAGGUGCCCGUAAGAUCCUUCACGAAUUGAUCUUCAGCAGUUUUUUUAUGGAGAUGGAAUACAAAAAAUUCUUUGCUAUGGAAUUUGUGAAGUAUUAUAAGCAGCUACAGAAAGACUAUAUCAGUGAUGAUCAUGACAGAAGUAUCUCUAUAACUGCACUCUCAGUUCAGAUGUUUACUGUUCCUACUUUGGCUCGACAUCUUAUUGAAGAGCAAAAUGUUAUCUCUGUCAUCACUGAAACUCUGCUGGAAGUUUUGCCUGAGUACUUGGAUAGGAACAAUAAAUUCAACUUCCAGGGUUACAGCCAGGACAAAUUGGGAAGAGUAUAUGCAGUAAUAUGUGAUCUAAAGUAUAUCCUGAUCAGCAAGCCUGCAGUGUGGACGGAAAGAUUAAGAAUGCAGUUCCUUGAAGGCUUUAGAUCUUUUUUGAAGAUUCUUACCUGUAUGCAGGGAAUGGAAGAAAUCAGAAGACAGGUUGGGCAACACAUAGAAGUGGAUCCUGACUGGGAGGCUGCCAUUGCUAUACAGAUGCAAUUGAAGAAUAUUUUACUAAUGUUCCAAGAGUGGUGCGCUUGUGAUGAGGAACUCUUACUGGUGGCUUAUAAAGAAUGUCAUAAAGCUGUGAUGAGGUGCAGUACAAGUUUCAAAUCUAGUAGCAAAACAGUAGUACAAUUGUGUGGUCAUACUUUGGAAACUAAAUCCUACAGAGUAUCUGAAGAUCUUGUAAGCAUACAUCUGCCAAUCUCUAGGACUCUUGCUGGUCUUCAUGUGCGUUUAAGCAGGCUGGGUGCUAUUUCAAGACUGCAUGAAUUUGUGCCUUUUGAGGAUUUUCAAGUAGAGGUACUAGUGGAAUAUCCUUUGCGUUGUCUGGUAUUGGUUGCCCAGGUUGUUGCUGAGAUGUGGCGAAGAAAUGGGCUGUCUCUCAUUAGCCAGGUGUUUUAUUACCAAGAUGUUAAGUGCAGAGAAGAAAUGUAUGAUAAAGAUAUCAUUAUGCUUCAGAUUGGUGCAUCUUUAAUGGAUCCCAACAAAUUCUUAUUACUGGUACUUCAGAGGUAUGAACUUGCUGAUGCUUUUAACAAGACCAUAUCCACAAAAGACCAGGAUUUGAUUAAACAAUAUAAUACCUUAAUAGAAGAAAUGCUUCAAGUCCUCAUCUAUAUUGUGGGAGAGCGUUAUGUCCCUGGAGUGGGAAAUGUGACCAAAGAAGAGGUCACAAUGAGAGAAAUUAUUCACUUGCUUUGUAUUGAACCCAUGCCACACAGUGCCAUUGCCAAAAAUUUACCUGAGAAUGAAAAUAAUGAAACUGGCUUAGAGAAUGUCAUAAACAAAGUGGCCACAUUUAAGAAACCAGGUGUAUCAGGCCAUGGAGUUUAUGAGCUGAAAGAUGAAUCAUUGAAAGACUUCAAUAUGUACUUUUAUCAUUACUCCAAAACACAGCAUAGCAAGGCUGAACAUAUGCAGAAGAAAAGGAGAAAACAGGAAAACAAAGAUGAAGCAUUACCACCACCUCCUCCUCCUGAAUUCUGCCCUGCUUUCAGCAAAGCAGUUAACCUUCUCAAUUGUGAUAUCAUGAUGUACAUUCUCAGGACCAUAUUUGAGCAGGCAGUAGACCCAGAUUCUAACUUGUGGACUGAAGGGAUGCUCCAAAUGGCGUUUCAUAUUCUGGCAUUGGGCUUACUAGAAGAAAAGCAACAGCUUCAAAAAUCUCCCGAAGAAGAAGUGACAUUUGACUUUUACCAUAAGGCCUCAAGAUUGGGAAGUUCAGCCAUGAAUGCUCAGAAUAUACAAAUGCUUUUAGAAAAACUCAAGGGAAUUCCCCAGUUAGAAGGCCAGAAGGACAUGAUUACAUGGAUACUCCAGAUGUUUGACACCGUGAAGCGAUUAAGAGAAAAAUCUUGUUUAAUUGUAGCAACUACAUCGGGAUCAGAAUCUAUUAAAAAUGAUGAGAUUACUCAUGAUAAAGAAAAAGCAGAACGAAAAAGAAAAGCUGAAGCUGCUAGGCUGCAUCGCCAGAAGAUCAUGGCUCAGAUGUCCGCCUUACAGAAGAACUUUAUUGAAACUCACAAACUCAUGUAUGACAGUACGUCAGAAAUGUCUGGGAAAGAAGACUCCAUUAUGGAGGAAGAGAGCACCCCAGCAGUCAGUGACUACUGUAAAAUUGCUUUGGGUCCUAAACGGGGUCCGUCUGUUACUGAAAAGGAGGUGCUGACAUGCAUCCUCUGCCAAGAAGAACAAGAGGUGAAACUAGAAAAUAAUGCCAUGGUACUAUCGGCCUGUGUCCAGAAAUCUACCGCCUUAACCCAGCACAGGGGAAAACCCAUAGAACUCUCAGGGGAAACCGUGGACCCACUUUUCAUGGAUUCAGACUUGGCAUAUGGAACUUACACAGGAAGCUGUGGUCAUGUAAUGCAUGCAGUGUGCUGGCAGAAGUAUUUUGAAGCUGUACAGCUGAGCUCUCAGCAGCGCAUUCAUGUUGACCUUUUUGACUUAGAGAGUGGAGAAUAUCUUUGUCCUCUUUGCAAGUCUCUGUGCAAUACUGUGAUCCCCAUUAUUCCUUUGCAACCUCAAAGGAUAAGCAGUGAGAACACAGAAGCUCUUGCUCAACUUUUGACCCUGGCACGAUGGAUACAGACUGUUCUGGCCAGAAUAACAGGUUAUAAUAUGAAACAUGCUAAAGGAGAAAAGCCAACAAUUCCAGUCUUGUUUGAUCAAGGAAUGGGUGAUUCCACUUUUGAGUUCCAUUCUAUUCUGAGUUUUGGAGUUCAGUCUUCGAUAAAAUAUUCUAAUAGCAUCAAGGAAAUGGUCCUUCUCUUUGCCACAACAAUUUAUAGAAUUGGAUUGAAAGUGCCUCCUGAUGAAACGGAUCCUCGAAUCCCCAUGAUGACCUGGAGCACAUGUGCUUUCACUAUCCAGGCAAUUGAAAACCUCUUGGGAGAUGAAGGAAAACCUUUGUUUGGAGCACUUCAAAAUAGACAGCAUAAUGGUCUAAAAGCAUUAAUGCAGUUUGCCGUUGCACAAAGGAUUACCUGUUCUCAGGUGCUGAUACAGAAACAUCUGAUUCGUCUUCUAUCAGUUGUUCUUCCUAACCUAAAAUCAGAAGCUACACCUUGCCUUCUAUCUGUAGAUCUAUUUCAUGUUUUGGUGGGUACUGUGUUAGCAUUCCCAUCCUUGUAUUGGGAUGAUGCUGUUGAUCUGCAACCUUCAUCAAUUAGUUCUUCCUAUAACCACCUUUAUCUCUUCCAUUUGAUCACCAUGGCACACAUGCUUCAGAUACUUCUUACCACAGACACAGGUCUCCCCCUUGCACAAAUUCAAGAAGAGAGUGAAGAGGCUCGUUCUGCAUCUUCUUUCUUGGCAGAAGUUUCUCAGUAUACAAGUGGCUGCAUUGGGUGUGGUAUUCCUGGCUGGUAUUUAUGGGUCUCGUUGAAGAAUGGCAUCAUCCCUUAUCUUCGCUGUGCUGCAUUGUUUUUCCACUAUUUACUUGGAGUAACUCCACCUGAAGAACUAUUUACCAAUCCUGCAGAAGGAGAGUACAGUGCACUCUGUAGCUAUUUAUCUUUACCCACAAAUUUGUUCCUGCUUUUCCAGAAAUAUUGGGAUACUGUAAGGCCCCUCCUGCAGAGAUGGUGUACAGACCCUGCCUUACUAAACUGUCUGAAGCAAAAAAGCGCCGUAGUCAGGUACCCUAGAAAAAGAAAUAGUUUGAUAGAGCUUCCUGAUGACUAUAGCUGCCUCCUAAAUCAAGCUUCUCAUUUCAGGUGCCCGCGGUCUGCAGAUGACGAGCGAAAGCACCCUGUCCUCUGUCUUUUCUGCGGAGCCAUACUGUGUUCUCAGAACAUUUGCUGCCAAGAAAUUGUGAAUGGGGAAGAGGUGGGAGCUUGCAUUUUUCAUGCCCUUCACUGUGGAGCUGGAGUCUGCAUUUUCCUAAAAAUCAGAGAAUGUAGAGUAGUCCUGGUUGAAGGUAAAGCCAGAGGCUGUGCCUAUCCAGCCCCUUAUUUGGAUGAAUAUGGAGAAACAGACCCUGGCCUGAAGAGGGGCAACCCCCUUCAUUUAUCUCGUGAGCGGUAUCGGAAGCUCCAUUUGGUGUGGCAGCAACACUGCAUCAUAGAAGAGAUUGCUAGGAGCCAGGAAACUAAUCAGAUGUUAUUCGGAUUCAACUGGCAGUUACUGUGAGCUCCAACUCUGCCUGGGGAGAAUCACGAAUGAAGACAGUAAUGAAGACUGAUUCAAAAUUAUGGAGACCUUAUUGAGGGCUGGGGAAGGGUUGGAGGGUCUUUUGCUCCAUGUCCAGAUUCACAUACAUCAAUAAAAUAUUCCUUAAUGGAAUAUUUCUUUCAAUUAAUGAACAUAUGCUUAAAGGAAAAAAAAAAACAGACAUAGAUUAAUCUAUUUUAUGUUCCAGAACACUAAAGAAAUGCUUCUUCACCCCAAGUGUCUGAUUCUGCUAAUAGUUCCAGAAAACUUAUUUCCCUUCAUAAUCUGUCCCACUUCACUUCAUCCACCUGAUAAAUGAAGUCACAUCAAGCAGUUGUGGGCAUUCUUAUAUGUUGGUUGACUCUUCUACAAUUUGUAUUUGGUGUUUCCCCCCCAAAUUUAAUUUAGCUAAUGGAUCACUGACAAGAUUUAAUAAUCUGUGUUAGUCUUCCUUGCCGCUAAAGAGAAAUUCAGAAACCAUGCGGUGUACUUCAAUUGAGAACGUUUUCCAAAAAGUAAAAAUUUUAUAACUUCUCUCUUAAGGAAAUGCCCCUAAAGUGCCACUUACUGUUUCAGCCAGAAAUUAAACUAUAUUUCUAUAUGGACAAAGUUUCCAUUUCUAAGGCAAAUUUCUGCCAGUGUGGAAAAGCUUUUUUUUCCUACUGUAGUCCUCAAGAAGAGUUAGGAUAAUGUAUUUAUUAUUUAUCCCUGA